AUGGUGGAAGUACAGCUUGGUCCAGCUGCUGUUGCGGGAAUUGCUGGCAAGUCGGAAGCACUGCGACAGUCUGUCGGCAGCUUGCCCGUGCGCCGGGCCCUGCUGGGCGUGACCGGGGGCCGCGCGACGCUGGGCCGCCACUACCGCUCCAAGAACCGGCAGGAGGUGGCGGUGGCCGAGGCGGUGGUGCACCCCAAGUACGCGGCGGACCGGCGCCACCACGACAUCGCCCUGCUGCGCCUCGCCCGGCCCGUCGCCCUGUCGGCCCUCGUGCGGCCGGCCUGCCUCCACACGCCGAGCCACGGACCCGAGUGGGGCCUGCGAGCCUCGGCCACGGGCUGGGAGGCCUCCGGACACUGGCAAGCCGUUGACGGAGAACUGCGCCGAUCACAGCUGACCGUGCUGCAGCCUGAGACAUGCCGGAAAGCGGUAGCGUCUCUGAGGGAGUCGCAGCUUUGUACGGGUAGAACGUGUCUCAACAACACUUUUCCGCCACAUUAA